AAAUCCACGCUGAAGUGCAGUUGAAGAAUUAUGGGAAAUUUCUUGAGGAGUAUACAUCUCAGCUGAAGAGAAUCGAAGAUGCUUUGGAUGACUCUGUUGGAGAUGUUUGGGACUUCAGUCUUGAUCCCAUUGCAUUAAAGCUUUUGCCAUAUGAACAGUCAUCUUUGUUGGAGCUCAUAAAGACAGAAAACAAGGUUCUGAACAAAGUAAUAACUGUUUAUGCGGCCCUUUGCUGUGAAAUUAAGAAAUUGAAGUAUGAGGCAGAAACUAAAUUUUAUAAUGGCCUCUUGUUUUAUGGAGAAGGAGCCACAGAUUCCAGCAUGGUGGAGGGAGAUUGCCAAAUACAGAUGGGAAGAUUUGUUUCUUUCUUGCAGGAGCUGUCUUGCUUUGUUACCCGUUGUUAUGAAGUGGUGGUGAAUGUAGUGCAUCAGUUGGCUGUUCUCUAUACCAGCAACAAGAAUGCACCAAAAAUUAUAGAGACGUCGGGAGUUCAUUUUCAGACAAUGUAUGAGCACCUGGGGGAAUUGCUGACAGUAUUAAUCACCCUGGAUGAAAUAAUUGACAAUCAUGCCACUCUCAAAGAUCACUGGACCAUGUACAAGAGACUGCUGAAAUCUGUUCAUCACAACCCUUCUAAGUUUGGGAUUCAAGAAGAUAAACUGAAACCAUUUGAAAAGUUGCUGUUAAAACUGGAAUGCCAGUUAUUGGAUGGAAUGAUAUUUCAGGGCUGUAUAGAACAACAGUUUGAUUCCAUAAAUGGUGGUGUGUCCGUGUCAAAGAACAGCACGUUUGCUGAAGAAUUUGCUCAUACUGUGCGCACAAUUUUUGCAACCGUCGAACCUAAACUUGGUGAACCUUCGGAAAUAGACCAGAGGGAUAAAUAUGUAGGAAUCUGUGGCCUCUUUGUGUUGCAUUUUCAGAUUUUUCGCACCAUAGACAAGAAAUUUUACAAGUCCCUGUUAGAUGUCUGCAAAAAGGUACCAGCCAUCACAUUAACUGCUAACAUUAUAUGGUUUGCUGAUAACUUUCUGGUUCAGAAGAUACCAGCUGCUGCAAAACUUCUGGACAAGAAAAGUAUUCAUGCAGUUAAAAUGCAGAGGGAGAAUUUUCUACAGCAAAAGGCGCAGUCACUCACCAAAGAUAUGCAGUCGUAUUAUGUCUUUGUGAGCUCCUGGAUGACAAAAAUGGAAUCUAUAUUGUCGAAGGAGCAACGUAUGGAUAAGUUUGCUGAAGAUCUUUCUCACCGCUGCAAUGUCUUCAUUCAGGGUUUUCUUUACGCAUAUAGUCUUAGCACUAUCAUUAAGACCACAAUGAAUCUCUACAUGUCAAUGCAAAAACCUAUGACCAAAACCUCGGUGAAAGCUCUGUGCAGACUUGUGGAACUUCUCAAGGCAAUAGAACACAUGUUUUACCGAAGAAGUAUGGUUGUGGCAGACUCGGUGACACACAUCACCCAGCAUCUGCAGUACCAGGCUCUUCACUCUAUUUCUAUAGCCAAGAAAAGAGUCAUUUCUGAUAAGAAGUACAGCGAGCAACGCCUGGAUGUUCUCUCUGCUUUGGUGUUAGCUGAGAACACCCUCAAUGGACCAAGUACGAAACAGAGGCGACUCAUAGUUUCCCUUGCGUUGAGUGUGGGCACGCAGAUGAAAACCUUUAAAGAUGAAGAGCUCCUUCCCCUUCAGUUAGUUCUGAAAAAACUAGACUUGAUCAGUGAGCUUGUGGAGCGAGUUCGAGCACAAUGUGACUGUUGUUUCUUAUACUGGCAUCGAGCAGUCUUUCCGAUCUACUUAGAUGACGUGUAUGAAAAUGCUGUUGAUUCUGCUAGACUGCAUUAUAUGUUUAGUGCACUACGGGACUGUGUACCUGCCAUGAUGCAUGCAAGACACUUGGAAUCUUAUGAGGUCCUUCUGGAAUGCUAUGACAAAGAAAUCAUGGAAGUGCUCAAUGAGCACCUGCUGGACAAAUUAUGUAAAGAGAUAGAAAAAGACCUACGCCUAUCAGUUCAUACACACCUAAAACUUGAUGACAGAAAUCCCUUCAGGGUUGGCAUGAAGGAUCUAGCUCACUUCUUCUUUCUGAACCCAAUACGUUUUUUCAAUCGCUUCAUUGACAUAAAAGCUUACGUGACACACUAUUUGGACAAGACCUUCUACAACUUAACAACUGUAGCUCUUCAUGACUGGGCUACCUAUAGUGAAAUGAGAAACCUAGCAACUCAGCGGUAUGGCUUAAGUAUGACUGAAGCACAUCUUCCCAGCCAGACUCUGGAACAGGGUCUGGAUGUUUUGGAAAUCAUGAGAAAUAUUCAUGUUUUUGUGUCUCGCUACCUCUACAAUCUGAAUAAUCAGAUAUUCAUUGAAAGAACUAGUAAUAACAAACACUUGAACACUAUCAAUAUCCGACAUAUUGCCAAUUCAAUUCGAACUCAUGGAACAGGCAUCAUGAACACAACAGUAAACUUCACUUACCAGUUCUUGAGGAAAAAGUUUUAUAUUUUUAGCCAGUUCAUGUAUGAUGAGCAUAUCAAAUCCAGGCUUAUCAAAGACAUCAGAUUCUUCAGGGAAGUCAAGGAUCAAAAUGAUCACAAGUAUCCCUUUGAAAGAGCAGAUAAAUUCAACCGAGGCAUCAGAAAACUUGGAAUGACCCCAGAUGGCCAAAGUUACCUUGACCAAUUCAGACAACUCAUAAGUCAAAUCGGCAAUGCUAUGGGUUAUGUGCGGAUGAUAAGAUCUGGUGGACUUCACUGCUGUAGUAGUGCAAUUAGGUUUGUUCCUGAUCUGGAAGAUAUUGUUAAUUUUGAAGAGCUAGUGAAAGAAGAAGGGCUCUCGGAAGAAACGCAAAAAGCAGCAAGGCAGCUGGACUCCGUCCUCAGCGAUCUCACACGUAACUUUGCAGAAGGAACAGAGUACUUCAAAAUGCUGGUGGAUGUGUUUGCGCCCGAGUUCCGCAGCCCCAAGAAUAUGCAUUUGCGCAACUUCUACAUCAUUGUCCCCCCACUGACCCUCAAUUUUGUAGAACAUUCCAUCAGUUGUAAGGAGAAACUGAAUAAGAAGAACAAAAGUGGAGCAGCUUUCACUGAUGAUGGAUUUGCCAUGGGUGUGGCUUACAUUCUGAAGCUUUUGGAUCAGUACCAGGAGUUUGAUUCGCUGCACUGGUUCCAGUCUGUUCGAGAGAAAUACGUGAAGGAAAUCAGAGCAGUAGCUAAACAACAGAAUGUGCAGUCCACUAAUCAAGAUGAAAAACUGCUGCAAACUAUGAACUUGACCCACAAGCGCCUGGAAGUUUGUUUGCAGGAAUUUGAACUGCUUUAUUUCUCACUAAGUAGUGCAAGAAUAUUUUUCAGAGCAGAUAAAACUGCAGCAGAAGAAAACCAGGAAAAGAGAGAAAGAGAAGAGGAAUCUGUUAAAACAAGCAACGGAGAUCUUCCCAGCUCCACGCCCGCAGAUCCUGUUGUGAAAUGAUAAAUCUGGUAUGGGGGAUGAGUAAUGACUUACUUGAAUAACUCAUUUUUCUUUGUCACUAUCAGUAAUACUCUGUAGGAGUAAA